AUGGCUUCACGACCAGAACUAAAGCUCGAUGACGAGGGCGGCUUCAUUCGUUUCUACAAAUCAUUGCCAGCCGUUAACCAAGACACAAUCCGUAUCUUUGACCGAGGAGAUUGGUAUACUUCACAUGGUCGAGAUGCCACAUAUAUCGCCAAAACUGUCUACAAGACAACUUCAGUUGUCCGACAACUCGGCCGAAAUGACAACUCCGGACUACCCUCGGUCACCAUGACCAUGACUGUAUUCCGACAAUUCCUUCGAGAAGCCCUGCUCAAAUUGGGAAAGCGAAUAGAGAUCUGGCAAAGCCCUUCUGGUCGCAUGAACUGGCAGUGUGUCAAGCAGGCUUCGCCAGGCAACUUACAAGAUGUUGAGGAUGACCUUGGAGGCCAGAUUGAGUCGGCCCCUAUGAUUCUCGCCGUCAAAAUCUCCACAAAGGCAUCCGAAGCUCGAAAUGUUGGUGUUUGCUUCGCCGAUGCCAGCGUCCGCGAGCUUGGUGUAAGCGAAUUUCUCGACAACGACCUCUACUCCAACUUUGAAGCACUCCUUAUCCAGCUCGGUGUCCGUGAGUGCUUGAUCCAGAUCGACAAGGGUGAAAAGGAGAAGGACCCCGAACUGUCCAAGCUGAAGAAGAUUAUUGAUAACUGCGGUGUGGCUAUCGCAGAGAGACCAGCUGGCGACUUUGGUACCAGGGAUAUUGAACAAGACCUGGCACGUCUGCUCAAGGAUGAGCGAUCGGCAUCUCUUCUACCACAGACUGAUCUUAAGCUUGCCAUGGGAUCUGCUGCAUCUCUGAUCAAAUACCUUGGUGUUCUGCAGGAUCCUUCCAACUUUGGCCAGUAUCAGCUAUAUCAACACGACCUGGCACAUUUCAUGAAGCUAGAUGCUGCUGCUCUAAAGGCCCUUAACCUCAUGCCAGGUCCUCGAGAUGGAUCCAAAACAAUGAGCAUUUUUGGUGUACUCAACCACUGCAAGACACCAGUUGGUAGUCGACUCUUGGCACAGUGGUUGAAGCAGCCUUUGAUGAGCAAGGCGGAGAUUGAGAAGCGUCAGCAGUUGGUAGAAGCUUUCUAUGUUGAUACUGAACUCCGACAGACACUCCAGGAGGAACACCUUCGAUCCAUUCCUGACCUCUACAGACUUUCAAAGCGCUUCCAGCGUGGCAAGGCUAACCUGGAGGACGUCGUCCGCGCAUACCAGGUUGUCAUCCGUCUACCUGGCUUUAUUGGCACAUUUGAAGGUGUCAUGGAUGAGAAUUAUAAAGACCCCCUCGACGAGGCAUACACUAUCAAGCUUCGUGACCUAUCUGAUAGCUUGGGCAAGUUGCAGGAUAUGGUGGAGCAAACCGUUGAUCUCGACGCUCUUGAUCGACAUGAGUACAUCAUUAAAGCCGAUUUUGAUAAAAGCUUGCGCAUCAUCCGAAAGAAACUUGACCAGCUUGACAAGGAUAUUCGUGCCGAGUUCACGGCUUCGGCUAAAGACCUAGGCCAAGAUCCCGACAAGAAGAUCUUCCUUGAGACCAGCCACAAGGUACACGGAGUUUGCAUGCGUCUCACACGACAAGAGGCUGGCUGCAUUCGAAACAACUCCAAGUAUCAAGAGUGCUCGACACAAAAGAACGGUGUUUAUUUCACGACCAAAAAGCUGCAGGCUUAUCGUCGCGAGUAUGAUCAGCUGUCCCAGAACUACAACAGAACACAAAGCAGUCUUGUCCACGAAGUUGUCCAAGUUGCUUCCUCCUACUGCCCAGUUCUAGAGCGCCUAGCUGGUGUUCUUGCCCACCUUGACGUAAUCGUUUCCUUUUCCCACGCCUCAGUCCAUGCCCCUGAGUCGUAUGUCCGGCCCAAGAUCCACGCUCGUGGCGAGGGCCAGACGAUACUUCGCGAAGCCCGUCAUCCUUGUAUGGAACUUCAGGACGAUGUUCAGUUCAUCACGAACGACAUUGAGCUUAGUCGCGACAAGUCUUCUUUCCUCAUCAUUACCGGCCCCAAUAUGGGCGGUAAGUCAACCUAUAUCCGACAAACGGGUGUCAUUGCACUUAUGGCACAGGUUGGGUGUUUCGUACCUUGUGCAGAGGCCGAGUUGACCAUUUAUGACUCCAUAUUGGCACGCGUAGGUGCUAGCGAUUCGCAACUCAAGGGUGUCUCGACCUUCAUGGCCGAGAUGCUUGAAACUGCCAAUAUCCUCAAGUCAGCUACGGCAGAGUCCUUGAUCAUUAUUGACGAACUUGGACGUGGCACAUCGACAUAUGACGGAUUCGGUCUUGCAUGGGCUAUCUCAGAGCACAUUGUGAAGGAGAUCGGCUGCUCUGCCAUGUUUGCCACUCACUUCCACGAACUCACAGCUCUCGCCGACCAGUAUCCGCAAGUACAGAACCUCCAUGUCACGGCGCACAUCGGCGGCACUAGCUCAGCAGCGGCUUUGGAUGCGGAUGCGGAUGCGGAUGCGAAGCGCGAAGUGACGUUGCUGUACAAGGUAGCACCAGGUGUGUGCGACCAGAGUUUCGGCAUCCACGUCGCCGAGCUGGUUCGCUUCCCGGACAAGGUUGUCCGUAUGGCCAAACGCAAGGCAGAUGAGCUCGAGGACUUUACCACCAAGCAUGAGGAUUUAGCACUGCAGUACAGCAAGCAAGACGUUGAGACGGGGAGCGCCAUGCUCAAGCGAGUCUUGGUGGAGUGGAAGGAUAAGGUCAAGGCAGGGGAUAUGAGCCGCGAAGAGCAAGUCGCUGCUUUGAAAGAGCUCGUUGGGGCAAAUGCUGAGCUGCAGGCAAACCCUUUCUUUCAGUCAGUCAAGGCUCUGUAG